AUGGGGAAAAGGCAACGUAAUCCGCUUAAAACCAACAAUGUGGAUUCUAGUACUGCCGAGAAACCUGCAAAGAGGAAAACGAAAAAGUUGUUUACUGAGCAAACCGAAUGCGCAGUCAAUUUUAAGGAGAAAUUGCUGUCAGAAAUAAAAGACCUCCGGUACGUAUUCGCUUUCACACUUGACAUACACCAAGUUUUAUACCAAAGAACGUAAUACUAUAUGAAUACUAUAAUAUAAUACUAUAUUGUUUUCGUGUGCAUACGUAACAUAAUAUCAUACACAAAAUAGAUGUGAUGGAACAAACUUCUGCAAAAGUUUAGAAGCAAACGUCGAGGACAGACUUAAAAAGAGGGGGAAACCUCCAAGAAUGAUUCGAUAUUUUCAUUAUUGUGGAUGGGCCCAUGCACUGAUGGUAAGUUCAGCUUUGAAUUUGUACUUUGUGAAAUAUUCUAACUAAAGAUAGCUGAUUAUUCGUAUUACAGUAAGUCUUUAUUCUUUCAAACUGUUUAAUUAAAAGCUAAAGUAGAUGGAUUUGCAUUUAAAUUAUAAUAAUAAAACAAUUGUCCUUUGACAGAACUUAGGUAUGAUAUGCCAUGUCAUGCCUGUCCAUGUUGUAUUUAUAGACACAAUAUUAAACCAUGCAUUUAUUGGCCAGACAGAGUAAAUACUAAAGUAGGGCGUAUUGCCAGCUAAUAUGGUAACUUAGGGAGGCAUUGGCAGAUGUUAACCCAUUUACUGGCAAUACCAUACUAUGCCAUUGACAAGUAAAAUUGUCUGGCGUUAGACAGAGUAAAUACCAAAGUCAAUUCAUACAAAAAUUUGGUUAAACUUUUCAGAGAAAAAUGUCGGUCCGAACAUAGUUAAUGGGCGAUAUGGUUUGGAAGCUCGUUUACUUCCGGUAUUAUGUUAUGUUAUUCAAUUUUGUGGUCACAUGACUACGAACGACUACGGCGUUGUGACCAAUAUGGCGACUAUUAGCGAAGAAGGAAUGCAAACCAUGGGAGAAAUGUUUGAAAGUGGGGAAGCUUUAGCGGCAGAAAAUGAAAAGGCACAGCUUGAUGUGUUAGUUGAUGUGAUAAACGAACACCUGGACUAUUUUAAUGAGGACAAGGACUUCGAGAAAGAGGUUGAAGAUGCCGUUCAGGAGAUUGAAAUACCACCAAAACAUCCGUGUCCGAAUUGUACGAAAAUAUGCAAAUCAAAAGGCGGUCUCACUCAAAGCAUACGCUCCUUGAGACAAAUGAUGGCAAAGAUGACAACAGCGCUAGCACUGCAACCAAGCCAACCAUUUCAAAAGCGAUUGUAG